CGGGAAGGGUAGUAGUGUUUUUCUGGGCUUAUAUUACCUGAGUUGCUUGAGAUAGAAGCAUUCGCUUGGUGAGACAAGGAAGGAAGGAAGAAAGCGAAGCGUUAGAGUUUAUAUACAAAACCGCUGUGUGAAAGUAAAUUGUUAUAUCAAUACAAAAUAACUUGCAACAUGUUCCAGCAACGGACGGUGCGUUUGGAAUGUGGAAAGGCGACUCAUGUCUUGCAUGUUUUGGGGACGCAGCUGAACGUGAAGUUGUACAGAUGCGCCCCACCUGGUAGCCAGUUCUUCCAAGUCAAGUGCACCAAUGCUGUACAGUACCAGAUUUCACCCAAGGUCUCCAGCACAUCCAAUAACAUGCUGCCAUUGGAGAAGUCAUUGUCUCUAUCCAUUACAAUGAUGGCUCCUAGUAAGGAGGCCAGUGACAACAAGGUUGCGGUUUCGUAUUUUGGAGACAACCUGGAAGAGCUAGGGAAAGCCAUCCUUCAUCUCUCUUCAGUGGAACUCUCCCUGGAUGUUGAUGCAGACCGUGAUGGUGUGGUUGAAAAGAACAACCCACACAAGGGGUCGUGGAAGUGGGGUCCCAGUGGGCAUGGGGCUAUCGUUCUCGUCAACUGUGACAUGGAGUCACUGGUGGGCACUAAGCGAGACUGUGACGAUGACUCGCUCAGCAGGCUGUCAGAUCUGAAGGACAUGUCCCGCAUGGUGCUGCGGACUAACGGCCCAGGCCAACUGCCCCCAGGGUAUAAACUGGUGCUGCACAUCUCCUUGAGCGAUGCAGACAAGAUUGGGGUUUUUCAGAGAGUCAAAAGUGUGCUUAACAAAAGCUACCCAGUGGUGUUGGGCCGCAAGACCCUGUCUUAUGUGGUGAAGUACGAGGGGGGCACAGCAGAGACAGAGUUCUUUGUGGAGGGGCGCAAGUUUCUGGAUGAGAACUUUGAGGGGCUGGUGACCAUCUAUCUCAGCCUGCUGGAGCCUUCAACCAAGGGGUUCCCUGAGACGCCCAUCUUUACGGAUAAGGUGGUUUUCCACAUGGCCCCCUGGAUUAUGACUCCCAACACCUUGAGACCAUUGCAGGUGUUUGUGUGCAGCACCACGGAUAACUACAGCUUCUUGAAGGACAUGAAGGAGCUGGUAAAACAAAGUGGCUGCAAGCUGAAGGUUUGCCAUGAGUAUAUGAAUCGUGGGGACCGCUGGAUGCAGGAUGAGCUGGAGUUUGGUUACGUUGAAGCUCCUCACCAGUGCUUCCCUGUGGUGUUGGACUCCCCUCGUGAUGGUGACCUGAAAGACUUCCCCUACAAUGAGCUGCUGGGUCCGGAUUUCGGCUACGUGACUCGAGUCGCUCUCAAUGAAAAAGUGACCAGUCUGGACUCUUUUGGGAACCUGGAGGUGAGUCCCCCAGUCACUGUGAACGGGAAGGAGUACCCGCUGGGCAGGAUCAUCAUCGGCUGUGCCUUCCCCACCACGGUUAAAGGUCGGAAUAUGACUAAAGUUGUGCAGGAUUUCCUCUGGGCUCAGAAAGUUCAGGCUCCCAUUGCAGUCUUCUCUGAUUGGCUCUCCGUUGGUCAUGUGGACGAGUUCAUGACCUUCGUUCCUGCACCUAACAGAAAGGGUUUCCGGCUGCUCCUGGCCAGUCCAGAUGCGGGGUUGGAGUUUUUCCGAGGGCUGCAGAAGAAGGGUCAUGGCAAAGCUAAAAUGUUUGAGGGGUUGAAAGAUGAAGAGGUUACAGUGGACCAGAUUCUGUCAAGCAAACAGUUUCAGCAGGAGAACGCCUUUGUCCAGAACUGCAUUGACUGGAACCGGGAUGUCCUAAAGAAAGAGCUGGGUCUGGAGGAAGAAGACAUUAUCGACCUCCCCAUCCUGUUCAGCCUCAGGCCGGACAAGCGGGCAGUCGCCUACUACCCUGACAUGGUGAACAUGAUCGUGCUGGGGAAGAAUCUGGGGAUCCCCAAGCCGUACGGACCAAAGAUCGAAGGGGUGUGUGCUCUGGAGAAGGAGGUGUGCUCCCUGCUAGGAGGCCUGGGUCUCAAUUUCUUCUUCAUCGAUGACUUCGCCUCCUACCACAAGCUGGAGGGGGAGGUGCACUGCGGCUCCAAUGUGCAACGGGACCCAUUCAGCUACAAGUGGUGGAACAUGGCCCUGUGAGGGCGGCACGAUGGGAGCCACUGCCCUCCUCCAAGACGCCAAUGCAGCUCCAGCAUCCGCUACCUUGUCCUCCCAGUCAUGCCUCUGCAUGGAAGGAUCAGUCAACGGUUUUUGAUUUUAUCCAGAUACAUUACCCAGGGUGUAGUACAGAGCGGUCUAGAUAGACUUUGCCCAUAAGGACUGAUCCAGAAUCGGACUGCACAGCUAUGCUAUCUACACCCACUGAAAUUUGAUGACCCAGGGAAGCCAGUACAGGACUAUUUUGUCAACUUUAUUUUUUAAGGGUUUAAAUUUAGUAUUUGUCAGAUAUAGUUGUGAAGAAGUGAUGGAAUUGCACUUUAAAAAUAAUAAUAAUAAAUACUAUUUAUUACACCUGGGUAAUGAAAAGCAGAUACUGGAAUCCUUCAAAAAGUUGGAAAACCAUUACAAAAGCAAGGGAGCUACUAAUGACCUUGUUGAUUCUUUUUAAGUUAUUUUAGGAAUUUGGCGUGAGGAAAGUGGAUUGCCAUCAGUAGUUUUGUUUGUAAUGUGUAAUCUAAUCACCUUGAUCUACCAACUCACCACUAAUUGGAGUUUUUUUUUUAUUUUUAUAUAUUUGGAGAAUUUUUUGGUACUCUAAGAUGGGGGACAAAGGCACAGUUUACAGAAGCUUUUAAACUCUCAGACCUGCAAGCAAGUGGAUGCAUCUCAAAUCUGUUCUGAACACUGUGCCUCUAUCGGGUAUUAGUUAGGGUGUUUAGACUAAUGUCUAAUUUUAGAGAAAAAAAAACUAACAUUUGGGUCAAAGUUUCAAUGUUUUUUUUUAAAGCAAUUAAACUGGCUGAUUAAAAAUUC